AAGAGGAAACGAAUGCAGCACGCAAGGCCAAACAGGCCGCUGACAAGGCUGCCAAGGAAGCUCGCAUGAAGAUCGAACCGAAGGAUUUGUUUCGGUUGUCGGAAGAGUACAAGGGCAAAUAUUCCAAAUUCGACGAAAAGACUGGCCUACCAACCCACGAUGCAGAAGGAACUGCACUCACAAAAUCAGCAACCAAGAAAUUGGCAAAGGAACAAAAGAAGCACGCUCAAGUAUUGGCCAAGUUUAAUGCUGCAGCCGCCAAGUAG